AUGUAUCGAGCAUCUUUGUCCCUGUUGGCAGGCCUCAGCUUCGUGCCAACUUCGAUCUCGGCGCCCACAGCUUCCUCAGCAACAUUGCUUGCUGCUCACUACACUGGAAAGUUGUAUACCCUGAGUUUCACUUCUACUGGGACCACUGGAACUCUUACUGUUGGCUCUCCAGUAACAGGAUGCGGUACCACGCCGGCAUGGCUCGAACUGUACCCCAGCGACCAAACCCUCUACUGCUUCGACGAAUCGUGGAACGGAAGUGGCAGCAACGCGGUGUACUCUGUCGGCAGUGACGGGAAGCUGACGCUCAAGUCGUCGGCCAAGACACCUGGAAAUUCUGUACAUGGAAUUUUGUACGGAGGAUCGGAUGGAAAGGGCUUUGCCGCUACUGUAGAAUAUUCGCCUUCUACACUCACAACCUUCAAGCUGCCGCUUUCUAGCAGCACCAAGGCAUUGACAACGGAGAAAUUUACUAUGGCACAAAAAGGCCCCAAUUCGCGUCAAGAUGUCCCUCAUCCCCACGAAGCUUUGCUCGACCCGACUGGGAAGUUUAUGCUCGUGCCAGACCUAGGUGCCGAUCUCAUUCGCAUCUUCAGCAUCGAUGCUAGCAGCGGCAAACUCACCUCGUGCGGAACAGGCAAGACAGACCCUGGAGAUGGACCUCGACAUGGCCAGUUCUUCUGGACGAACAAAGACUCGGCCCAACCCCAAAUAAUGUACACCGUCAACGAACUUGGAAAUUCCGUCUCUUCCUGGACCAUCACAUAUCCUAGCGCUGCUGGAGGCUGCAUCUCGCUCACCAAGUUGCAGACGCUCUCGACGUACGCCCCCGGCACCAAGGGAGGACCGACGACCAAAGCAGCUGAAAUCCGCGUAUUUGGAAACUUCCUAUAUGCGACGAACCGUGCGGAUCAGACGUUCGGCAGUCAGAAAGACUCCAUCGCUACAUAUACGAUCGAUCCUGCGACCGGAAAGAUCACCUGGCUGGAGGCAGCGAACUCGUACUCCUACUACCCUCGUACGUUCCAGAUCAACAAAGCGGGUACACUUGUAGCGGUGGGCGGACAGACUAGUUCAAACGUUGCCAUCAUCAACCGAGACCCUAGCACAGGAAAGCUGGGAAGCUUGGUUGCAAGUGUUGUGGUUGCGACACCGGGACGUGCUGGCGAGGAAGACGGCCUCGCUGCUGUGGUCUGGAACGAGUAG